UGGUGCAUGCGGGGCGGGGCGGCCGGGAGCCGGGGGCGAAGAUGGAAGGCUUGACGCUGAGCGAUGCGGAGCAGAAAUACUACUCGGAUCUCUUCUCCUACUGCGACAUCGAGAGCACCAAGAAGGUGGCGCCCAACGGGCGGGUGCUGGACCUGUUCCGGGCCGCGCAGCUGCCCAACGACGUGGUCCUCCAGAUUAUGGAGCUUUGUGGUGCAACAAGACUUGGUUAUUUUGGAAGAAGUCAAUUCUAUAUUGCUUUGAAACUUGUAGCCGUUGCCCAGUCUGGUUUUCCUUUAAGAGUGGAAAGUAUAAAUACAGUAAAGGACCUUCCUCUGCCAAGAUUUGUUGCUUCAAAAAAUGAACAGGAAUCUCGCCAUGCAGCCUCAUAUUCUUCAGAUUCUGAAAGUCAAGGGUCUUACUCUGGUGUGAUUCCCCCACCACCUGGCCGGGGGCAAGUGAAAAAGGGAUCCGUAAGUCAUGAUACUGUCCAGCCUCGUACGUCUGCAGAUCAGCAGGAACCUGCAUCUCCAGUAGUUUCACCACAGCAGUCCCCACCAACUUCUCCACACACAUGGAGGAAGCACAAUCGUCAUCCCAGUGGGGGUAAUAGUGAGAGGCCUCUUGCAGGACCUGGUCCAUUUUGGUCUCCCUUUGGUGAAGCACAAUCAGGUUCUUCUGCGGGUGACACAGUAUGGUCAGGGCAUUCUCCACCUCCACCUCAAGAAAACUGGGUCAGUUUUGCAGAUACUCCACCAACCAGUACUCUUUUAAUCAUGCAUCCUGCUUCUGUCCAGGACCAGACAACAGUACGAACUGUAGCAUCAGCUACAACUGCCAAUGAAAUUCGUAGGCAAUCCAGUAGUUAUGAUGAUCCCUGGAAAAUAACAGAUGAACAAAGACAGUAUUAUGUAAAUCAAUUUAAAACCAUUCAGCCUGAUCUAAACGGAUUUAUUCCAGGAUCUGCAGCUAAAGAGUUUUUUACAAAAUCAAAACUUCCUAUUCUUGAACUUUCUCAUAUUUGGGAACUCUCAGACUUUGAUAAAGAUGGAGCAUUGACACUGGAUGAGUUUUGUGCUGCUUUUCAUCUGGUAGUUGCUAGGAAGAAUGGCUAUGAUUUACCAGAAAAGCUCCCAGAAAGCUUAAUGCCCAAACUGAUUGAUUUGGAAGAUUCAACAGAUGUUGGGGAUCAGCAAGGUGAGGUAGGUUAUUCAGGCUCUCCUGCAGAAGCACCUCCAAGCAAGUCACCAUCAAUGCCAUCACUAAACCAGACUUGGCCUGAGCUGAAUCAAAGCAGUGAGCAGUGGGAGACAUUUAGUGAACGCUCUUCAAGCUCACAAACUCUGACCCAAUUUGAUUCUAACAUUGCACCAGCUGAUCCUGAUACUGCUAUUGUUCAUCCAGUUCCCAUUCGCAUGACUCCAAGCAAAAUCCACAUGCAGGAAAUGGAACUGAAAAGAACUGGCAGUGAUCAUACUAAUCCUACUAGCCCGUUACUAGUGAAAACCUCUGACCUUUCAGAAGAAAAUAAGAUGAAUUCAUCAGUGAAAUUUGCUUCUGGAAAUACAGUAGCAGAUGGUUACAGUAGUUCAGACUCUUUCACUUCGGACCCAGAACAGAUUGGGAACAAUGUAACUCGGCAGAGGUCUCAUUCAGGAACGUCGCCUGAUAACACUGCACCACCACCUCCUCCUCCCAGGCCACAGCCCUCUCAUUCCCGGUCAUCGUCAUUAGAUAUGAAUCGGACCUUUACAGUCACCACAGGACAACAACAGGCUGGAGUUGUUGCCCAUCCUCCUGCAGUGCCUCCAAGACCACAGCCCUCACAGGCUCCUGGUCCCGUUGUGCAUCGCCCAGUAGAUGCCGAUGGCCUAAUAACUCACACUAGUACCUCACCUCAGCAGAUACCAGAACAACCAAAUUUUGCAGAUUUCAGCCAAUUUGAAGUAUUUGCUGCAUCAAAUGUAAAUGAAGAACAAGAUGAUGAAACUGAGAAACAUCCAGAGGUCUUGCCGGUUGAAAAAACUUCUGAUCCUGCAAGUUCUCUUCGAGUUGCCAAAACAGAGAGUAAAAUUGAGGAAAAGACAGCUGCUAGUGCUCCCGCCAAUGUGAGCAAAGGCACGACACCUCUUGCUCCACCACCUAAACCUGUUCGAAGAAGAUUAAAAUCAGAAGAUGAAUUAAGGCCAGAAGUCGAUGAACAUACACAAAAGACAGGUGUCUUAGCUGCUGUUCUUGCAUCACAACCUUCUAUUCCUAGAUCUGUUGGGAAAGAUAAGAAAGCCAUUCAGGCAUCAAUUCGACGCAAUAAGGAAACCAACACAGUUUUGGCCAGAUUGAAUAGUGAAUUACAACAACAAUUAAAGGAUGUUCUUGAAGAGAGAAUUUCCCUGGAAGUUCAACUGGAACAACUUCGACCAUUCUCUCAUCUAUAAGCCAAUUGCCGUUAACUGUGAACAUACCCAUUUUUAAGUGGUUUUGGGUUCAAAGCCAAUUUGGAGACCCAAACAUCAGCUCACUGCUUAAUUCAUCGUUAAAUUUUAUGAUUCUGUUUUGCCCUAUAUGUUCACCAUUGUAUUUAAGUAUCUUUUAUUUUUUAAUUUCAACAAUAAAAGGGUCAGGAUGACUUUUUCUGGAG